GACAGACUUCACUGCUCUUCGUUGAUAAUGCCGCGACCUUCGCGCGAUACCUACGGUGAUCAGAAGCCACCCUACUCCUACAUAUCGCUAACGGCGAUGGCGAUAUGGUCGUCGAGGGACAAGAUGCUGCCACUCGCCGAGAUUUACAAGUUUAUCGCCGACCGCUUCCCGUACUACAGGAAGGACACGCGACGAUGGCAAAACUCCUUGAGGCACAACUUGUCUUUCAACGAUUGCUUCAUCAAGGUACCACGCGGUCCACAUCGGCCAGGAAAGGGAGCUUACUGGGCCUUGCAUCCCGCCGCAUUGUCCAUGUUCGAGAACGGUUCGCUCCUCCGCCGACGGAAGCGGUUCAAAUUGCACAAACCGGACAAGGAGCUGCUCAAGUCCGAGCUGCAGGCGCUCGCCUCGGCGAUGCCGCCGCCGUUACCACCUCCGCCGCCGCCGCCACCGCCGCCACAACCGCAUCCGCAGCCGCAGCCGCAUCCGGAACCGGUCGCGUCGACUGGCGGAAUCGUCGACGCGAGCGCAUGUCCCGGCAACGGUCUCAGCCUGGCGAAUCUUCAUCGUCUACGGGAUGAUCUGCUCCGAUGGGAGAUACAGGAGAGGCGAAUGAUGGUCGCGACAGCCUCGAAUCACGGUGAUUUCACCGGCGCGGCCGGCUUCGGACGAUUCGACGGUACCACUGGUUUACCAGCUGGACCAACCGCGCCGGAAGCCGUCACCGCUGGCUACUAUUUACUAUCACCCGAAGUGAGACAGAGACUCGCGGGGGGUGCUACCGAUGGCAGUAACGAGAUUUUGAGGACAUACGAGGCCGCUGCGUUGCUGCACUCUGCCGCUUCUUGGAAUUUCUCUGGCUUUCCAGCAGUUUCGCCAUCGUACGCGGUAUCGCAGCUCCCGUAUAUUCAGCAGACUACCGCCAGUAGACAGACUAUCCAUCCGACGCGGGAGAUGCGGGACGAGCGCCGUUUGUCGAGCGACCGCGCUCUGGAGAACGGGAUCGCCGCUACUCAUGGUAGAGAAAGCGAGACGAUUUUCACGGGUGAGAAUACUUAUGAGAUCUCGGGCUACAACCGCGACAAACUCGCCGAGGAAGAGCCACUCUCGUCGUCCUCGUCCUCGUCCUCAUCGUCUAGAAUAAAUCUCUAUCGAAACACCGCCCUGACUACCGCUUCGUCGCCACCGACGUCGCCCACCUCCCCGAAUUCGCUCACGUCCAAGUCAUCCUAUCGCCACCUGUCGCCAAUCUCGAGCCUGGCAGUGGAGGUCGAGCGAACUCAGUUGCCCUCCAAUCGUGAGGACCAGGUCGUUUUGACGACGAAUACGGAGAAGAGGGUUAAGAAACCAUUCACUAUCGAGAACAUCAUCGCGCCCGACGACAACAACGAGGGUAGUGGCGACGGUGGUGGUAGUGGUGGUGGUGGUGGUGCUGGUGGUGCUGGUAGUGGUGGUGGUAGUGGUAGUGGUGGUGGCGGCGGUGUCGGUGUCGGUGUUGGUGUUGGUGACGAGGAAGCUUCGAGGUUGACCGAGGUUGAGCCGAUCGCGAAAAAAUCCUCGCUCCUCGUGCCAAGACCGCUCUAUGCCGGGUACUCGAUGUCGAUCGCAACCACGGGUGUUCAGAGGCCGUCUUAUGGCACCGCCACUUGAACUCUCUUCAUUAUCUCGAUCAAUUCGUUAUCGAAGGGAUUAGCCGAACGACGCGAGAGUUCAUGAUGCGUCUUGAAGAUGUCUAAAGGAUGGAAGAUGUUCAAAGGCUCAAAGAUACCGAGUGUGCUUUCGACACUUCUACCACGUCCCCUGGAUAUUGUGCCGUCUGCAUAUACGUUUCACCUUCAUUUAUCUGGUAUCCUUCGGGAAACUAUGCCCAAAUCAGAAUACAGCGUUCGCGUAUAUACACGUACCAAGUAGAAAGUUACGAUUACCGCCGUUAGUAAUGUAUAAUACGAAGAAUUCCGAUCGGAUUCUGUUAGAUAAGCGAAGGUGUAACGUAUUUAUGAGAACGCGUCCGCGAGAAUUGUUAUUUACUACUGACAUCUUGAAAUCUAUAUACUAUCUUAUUCAGUGGCAACGCGACGAGAUUCAAACGAGAUAAUCGUGGAUACUUUUUGAGCUCGGUUACGACGCGAUUUUUUUUUUAGUCCAAUUCAUCGCGAAUCGAUGCGAUGCAGACUGAUGCAGAUAUAGGGAGACAUCGUAGAUAAUCGACGUUAGUUCCUCGUUUUGUAAAGGCCGUUCUCUAAUCGAGGGUCUUUGCUUGCUGAUAUUGGUUUUCGUCUUGUGCGCCGCAGACGAGAGUCGCUUGGUCUCUAAACUUACGAAGUAAACUAUUCGCGAGCAGUUAGCUAGAAUUAUUCGUAAUUUACGGCUACCGUACGAGAGCGUAUAGGUGAUCGAUUAUUGUCAACUGCGAUAUCCCGAAUCGGCGACUUUCGCCUAUGUAAUUAACUAAUUAGACGAUCUCUAAACAAUUAGGCGCAGACGCGGGCGCGAGCACAGCUAUACCGAUGUUAGGUUUAGCACACAAAAUUAACAAUGCAAAGCUAAUUUUAAGAUUCAUAUAUGUAUAAAUAUGAAUUUCAAAGUUGGUUUUGUGCUGUGUAACUAUUUAAUUGGAAUAUUUUAUA